GAUCUCGAUGAUUUAUUAAAUAGUGCUCUGGAUGAGCUUGAAACUCAAGAAAAAGAAUCACCACCUGUACCACCAAAACUAACUACAGCGGUACCAACAUUAACUACCACCACAACAACAACUACAACAACAACUUCAACAACCACUUCAAAUAAUGUACAGAAUAAUAAUAAUAAUAAUAACAAUAAUGUUAAAGAUAAUAUAAAUUUAAAUGGUAUGAUGGAUAUGUUUAAAAAUUUACUAGAUGAGGAUACACUAAAACAACUUAAUCAAGAUUUUGAUAAAGGAAUUAAAGAAGAGGAUUUAACAGAAGAAGAUAAAAAAAAUAUUGAUGAUUGGGCUCAAAAACUAUCAGGUGUAUUUAAUACAGAAGAAUUAAACCAAUACUUUGAAAAUAUUUCACAGAAUAGUGAGUUUGAUACAAAGGAUAACAAUUUAGAAGGUGGAAUCGGUAUUGAUAAAUUUGAAAGCAACAUCAGCGAAACCUUAAAGAAUUUAGCAGAUAACGCCUCAAACAAAGCACCAGAUGCUGGUGGUUUAGAAGAAAUAUUAUCAGAGCUUUCAAAGAUGCUUGAAAAUCAAGGUGGUUUCGAGGGAAUUGGUGGUGAUGAUAAAAUCAAUGAUAUUUUUGAAGAAUCAAUGGAAUAUAUGGCUAAACAUUACCCACAAUGGAUUGAAGAUAAUAAAGAUAAAUAUUCAGCAGAAGAAAUUGAAAAGUUUAAACAACAAUCAGAAUUAUUUACAAUGUUAAUCUCUAAAGAAGGUGAACAACUUGAUGAAAAUCUUUAUACUAAAAUGGCAGAUUUGGGUAACUUACCCGAAGCUUUUUGUGACGAGUUUUUAAACAAAUACGAGACUCAAAUUGAUAAAGAAAAA